CUUUUGGCCAGCUGUGUUCUCGAGAGUCGUCGCGCCUGUUCCCUUGCCUGUUUCGGGUAUCUAGAGGCUACAGCAGGCGUGGCAACUUGUUUUUUUGCGAGAUGGCGAUCUAGAAAAACAACUUGCCGGUUUAAACGCGCGCCACGUUCGAUGAAACACGGCUGGAGAAACCCGAGGGGUGCACCACCCGGCGCGCCGUCCUGGCCACAGUGUGUGAUAUUUAUCGAUUUAUGAUCCCCCUCCGGCGGGCUUUCCGGUGUUUCGGCCAGCUGCGACAGAGAGUGCCGCGUCUUGAUCCUCAACAACGCUAAUCCUUUCCUGCGGACGUUCUAUUUGACAUCGUUUUAUGAGGUCAAUCAAGCUACAGCCCUCGCCGGCUCUUUGGAUUUAGAACGGCGCCGGCCGAGACGACCUUUGCGCAGCCAGACCCAACAGGACAACGGCGAGCGUGCGAAAGACUACACAGCUGCUACGUACCGGCCGGCGAGUCGAUUUAGAGAAGACAAAGAUGUGGCGAAACAUAUUCGGAAGAUCGACGACCAUUUACAUGGAAGUGGCGGACAACCCGGCACCUGGUCCGUCGGAACAUGCCCCAGACGUGCGGGCAGGCGGCGACUGCAAGGACAUGGAACUGCACGCGAGCCUCACACGUGACAAUGACAGCAUCGUGUGGGACCCAAAGCCCUGCAACUGUGUUGCCAACGGACCGAAGUGUCACGAGUGCUUGGCAUCGGCGAAGAGUGCCGUAAAGGUGCAAAUGGAGUCUUGGUCCGUAGAGAAGACUGUGAUGUUCGGCAUAAUCCUCGGAGCAUUCUUCAUCUGGGCGGUUGUGUUCGGAAUCUGCCUCAACAUGUUCAAGCUCUGAGAGCAUUUGUUGUAGGGUCUGCGUGUAUCAUGAUAAUUUCUUUUUAUGUUUGAAAGGCUUGCCAUUCAAGCAAUUUAUGGUAAAGAUGGAACAGUGAUAGCACUACGAUACUGCCUAUCUUGUAGUAUUACUAAUGCGAAUUUUCUCAGUCAUGAAGCAAACUUCGUUAAGUUGGCUGCGAGUGUGAGUCUUACACCAAAGGCUUUUUUUUUUACAAGGUGUCACUGCCAAUGUUAUGUGCAGUGUGCUGCGCAGGGUAAAUGAUGGACAGAUCACUUUGUUUCAGCUGUUGCCUCAUUUUGAAUAAUACGGGUUUGUUUAACAUGAUACGUGCACCCACAACUGCGGGACAUUCUGAGACGUUGAGCCACAAAGGUUUUAAAAUGUGAUACCUGCGUGACCAGAACUUUCAACUCUCAAGGUGGCGAACAGGCUGCAAGAAAUAUUCAAUUACUGUGUUCCAGUAAUUCUUUUUUUGCAGUUGUGUGCACAGUACAUGUCUGUUAGUGACACAGUCAUCGAUUAUGACAAGAGCCCAAAGUAGUUUUCGUCUACUAAAUACAUUUUUAGUUAUGUCUUUUCGAUAAGGGCGCAGAAUGUCCCAAUUGAUUUUGACUUCAUUUUUCGUUGAGUGGUGCCUUUCACAGUUUGACCAUAUUGUACAUCUUGCGACCCUAAGGAGUGUGUUAUGCAGCUUCCGUUACAGAACUGUCAAUUUCGAUGGUGAAGUUGCAAGCAAAGGCAGCUUAUUCUCACCUUUAUAUUUCCCAUCAACAUGAAGAGCUUUAGUCAAUGUGUACAGUUUUGUGUCUAGAAUUCUGAACAUGCUAGAAUGUUGUUUUCUCAAGUGACAGUUUUUGAGAGAAAGCAACAUAGCACUAAGAUACAGCACAUAGCCAAAGACCUUUAGCAUGAGGUUAUGAUAUCUCCAUAAUGUAAUAACGAAGCUUGUGCAAUGUGGUUGAACGCAGUGACUCAAGAUGUCGCCAUAUGUACUCUGAUUUAUAGAACCAACUUAGUACCGCGUUCCAAGGGGGCAUGCGUGCAGGCUCAGUUACUGCUGCGGCACGAAGUGACGAAUAAUUAAGACCAUGUUUAGUGACUUUGCCAUGUAGUGAGGCAGUGAACAAGCAGCACGAUACUUUUUGCUAUCUGUGAUUAUGUACAAUCGAGACAUCUUCUAUAUAUAUACACCAAAAAAAGAUCUUAUUUUCAAAGUACGCUUUCCGAAUCUAGAAGACCAUGAACGCCGUCAUUGUUUCUUUUACACUUGUAAAGCACAUACACUUGGCAGAAAAAUUAUUUUAAAAAAUCGCUACUUGAAGAUAAACAUGGUAGAUGUAUGUUAAAGUAAUAAAUCUGCGGUUAUUGAAUGAGUGCGAACAGGAACAAAAACUAAACUCAACAUUGCACCUUUUACCUCGCUUAUUUGCACUCCUUCAGUCUUCAUGAAACUGUACCAACUAAGCCAAGACGCGCCCUUCCUACGUUAAGUUUGGCAUGCUUUUAUAGUGUUGCCUGUCAGUGAAUUAUGUAAUCACUGAUCAAUGUUUGUGCAGUGUUCUUUUUUUGUUUUUAUGUACAGACAAGGUUUCUCUGUUCACUAUUAAAGAUUUCCCCAUGAAAAAUGA